AUGCUUUGAUGCCCUGUAAAGGUCACUCCUUCCUUAUCCAAGGUGAUCGAAGAAGAGGGAGUGUGGUCGUAGAACGCAAUAAAGUUUUGAUUUACUGUCAUGGCUCGCAAAGUGUUAGUUGCAGUUGACGGUAGCGACAACUCAGAAAGAGCUUUUAACUUCUUUCUGGACCACAUAUAUAGAGAAGGAGAUUUGGUAAACAUUCUUUAUGUGACAACAACACCACAUCUUCCUGCCUUGUCCUUGGAAUCUCCAAUGAGUUUUCCUGUCCAAGAGUGGCAAUCUAAACUGCAAAAGCAAGUGAUAGAAAGUCAAAAAAUUGUAGGACAGUUUGAGGCUCUCUGUGAAAGUAAAAAGAUUUCAAAAAAACCACAUUUGAUUGCUGGUUCACCUGGGGAAACUAUAUGUGAAGUUGCUGACAGGGAGCAUGUGAGUUUCAUUGUCAUGGGCUCAAGAGGAUUGAAUGCUCUCAGACGUACUUUCACAGGGAGUGUUAGUGAUUAUGUCCUUCGUCAUGCACAUGUACCAGUCACAGUUGUGCCACCUGGAAAGUAAAAGACUAAAGAAAUUUUGCCUGGUUACAUUAUGUUUUGGCACAUGGAAGCAUGGAUUUUGGUGGAUAAUAUCCAAUGUUUGCAUUAGUAAUUUAGCCUUUACUCCUACUUAUUUGCAAUAAACAUGAAAUCUGUAGUGCUUGAUUUUAAUUCUUUUCAAGAUAAUCUUAUAGAGCCAAAAAGGCUUCAUUGAUCAAAUUUCCAACUAAAAUUCUUAAAAGUCUGCUUUGGUAUUGCUAAGGUUAAAUUGAUGAUUUGGCAAUUUACCAAAUCAAUGAAUGACAUCUGUUUUCAUAUCCUAGAAAAUGUAAUCUGCCUGGAACUUUUUAAAACAUAAAUUUGGGAUCUUUCCUAUUAGAAUUUAUGUAAGAGGUCCUUCUUAACAAAAGCAUCAUUUCAGGGCACUACUUCCAUUCUUGGUAGUAUGAUAUAUAAUUUUAUGACAUAGCAUGAUCUUAUGUUUCAUUAUAGAUAAGUUGUAUGUUUGCUUGAUAACAAUAUUGCUCUAGAUGUAAUUAACUGGUAUUGUAUAGCACUUGCAUUAAUCUGUGCUUAGAUUGUUUAUGGUAUCUUGACUCACUGAAUGGUAUUCUCUUCUGCUAAAUUUUGAAAUAAAUCCCUGGCUCAGUUUU